GCUUCAAAGAAUCAUGUGAUAUCUGUUUUCUGGACUCUGAUGUAGUUUGUUCCUGUUGCGUUUAGCAAGUUCCGACUUUUUGAAGUCUCAUAAUAACUAAGCGACUGCUAGUAGUACUAAGUGUUAUUUGUGUCACCGAUUUGCAUUGAAAUGGCGUACGCAAGUUUUAUGAUCUCGGCCAUUGUAGUGACAGUUUUUUGGGUCAUCGUCGGCGGUGUCAUUCCAUGGUUUAUCCCAAAAGGACCAAACAGAGGGGUUAUCAACACAAUGCUGGUGACGUGUGCAGUGUGCUGUUAUCUGUUCUGGCUGAUUGCAAUCCUAUCACAGUUGAAUCCUCUUUUUGGGCCACAACUGAAAAAUGAAACUAUCUGGUACCUUAAAGUACACUGGCCUUAGAUGUAUUGCUGUUCUAAUACUGCUCUGUGACCAGAGACCUGUCCUGCCAAGGAUGAGCUCCUCUCUGGUCCUUACUUCAAAAACAUUCUCACCCAAGCGAAUGGUCCUUAAUAACUGAUGCCUUACCGAAAGUGCUGUGUGACCUCAUUAAAUAUUUAGAAUAACUGCCUUCUGUUCAGUUUGUUAGGUUUAAACAUAAUCCCUGUAGGAUUUGGAAACAAAUCUUUAUCAGAUGUAAAAGAUUAGUUAAUGUAAAUGAUGGAUUCUGUGUCCUUCUGUUAAUCACUAUGCCUCCGAAAUGCAGUCUUCUGUUAAACCUAUGCCAUGGAUGUACAUGUUUUUAAAAUAUUUAUUUCCAAAUAUGGAAUGUAUUUCAAAAUGUCACGGUGCCCUCAGCUUUCUGUCCUCGCAUAAAAACCUGUUCACAGAAGCAAUAAAAAAAAAAGUGUUUCCAUCUGGUCUCAAAAGUUCAUUAAUGAAAAUGUAUUCAAUUAUUAAAUUUAUGUUUAUGUAUUUCUCAUUCUCCCAUAGUAUCGUGAAUGGCAUAGUGCAGUUAUAGUUACAGUAGCCACUUCUGUCUUGAAGAAUACUGUAGUACCUUAAAAUGCUGACUUCAAAACCACCAAGUGAUUGGUAACAAUGGGCAAUGAGAUGAUUGGAUGCUGUACUCCCUCUACAGCAAGCUUGAUGCAUUGCACCUGAUAAGUUUCUUACAGAGUUUCACAUUACAAACUACUACUGGUCCAGCUGGAAACUUGCUAGAAACCAGAGCUCACCACUGCAGAAAUAUUCAGGGGGUGUUCAUCAUGGUAGAGAAUAAGAUACCAAGAUAUUUUAUGAGAUUUUAUGAGAAAUGUAACGAGACAGAUCCCAUGCCAUGUUGCAUAUUGCAUACAUACACAGUAUACAUCAUUUGAAUCAAUUGAAAUGCAUUUAUAUAGAUUUUCUAAAACCACAUACUGUGUUCCAGAACGCUGUGAUGUCAAAUGGAAUAGCAGCAGGGAUGUGUGGGCGGGGUCAGGGAGGUCAGAAUAACUGGAUUGAAAUGAGGGACAGUUGAUAAGUGGGUAUAUAAAAACAGAGAAACCUCAUCACUUGCCACAAAGGCACAUAACUGCUUGCCUGUCUGCCGCUGAAUUACAUUAUUGGGAAACUUGUCAUUACUCUGUGUGGUUUAAAAGUGGAUAACAAAAAGCUUACACACCACUUUAACAUCCUUUCAUUGUCACUGGAUUAGACCAGUUUUAUCCUUUACACCAAGCCUCAUAUGAGAUACUAUAAAAAUAGAAAUAAUAAAUAUAUGUUGCAUAAUGCUGCAUUUUAAUUUUUAGGAAUACUUGUGUUGUUACGUUUGUAUUUAUUUACAUAAUUAAAUACCAUUCAAACAAGCAUGCAUGAUACAUGUAUACUUAUAUAAAUAAUAAUAAAAAAAUUACAUUCACAUAUAAAUUAGUUUUACAGACACUACAGUGAGUCUAAGAAUUUGUCUAAAAUUCGCAUAGACAAACCCAACCUCCACUGCAGUUAACACAUCUAACGUAUACAUUGCAAUGCACGUAUAUUUUUUUUACCUGCUGAGUUUAACUCCCUGUCGCGGCUGGAGAACCAAACUGAUUGAUGAUUCUGAUACUGGCCCAGUACUGGGGUACUCAACUGCGCUAUGAUUGGCCGACUCUGUACCAUGUGAAAGGGGAGUCACGCGCUUUCCAGUAACCCGUCAGGAAGAAGAUAAACAAAACAAACCAGAAAGGGAGAAAGCGUGGAGUGCAUAGGAUUGGAACAUUUUAUGCAAAUAAAGAUAUAAAUACUGGAAUAAUUCAAACCUAAAUCACCUUAUGGGGAGCCUUAGG